AUGGGGCAGGUAACCCAAGACAUUUGCGUAGGAGUUUCUACAGCUCUAACGAUACUUUCAAUUAUAUGUGUCGCUCUCCGACUCUACACCCGUACCUUCAUCGUGCAACAUACAGGCAAAGAUGAUUAUGCCAUGGUAUUCGCGCUCCUGUUCACGGUCGCCUAUCUUGUCGCCAUUUUCAUUUUGCGCGAUAACGGUAUGGGCUUCAGUGGUGAGGUUCUGCAGCUCCAGCAGAUGUUGAACCAAAUUCAAGCGACACUUGCGAUAGAGAUAGUCUACUAUCUCAUCAUCAAUGCUAUCAAAAUCUCGAUUUUGUUCUUCUACUUACGCAUCGCCGUCGAGAAAAGAUUCGAGUACCUUUGCAAAGGCACAAUCUACUUCCUAGUCACCUUCGGUGUCGUCUGCGUAAUUGUAUGUCUGGCACAGUGUGUUCCACUACAUAAGAUGUGGGACUUGGCCGGGCAGGUUUCAGGCCGAUGUAUCAACACGACAGCGUUCUUCUACACAACGAGCGCUGUAAAUAUCAUUGCUGAUAUCUGGAUUCUGCUUCUUCCUAUAACUACACUGCUCAAAGUCCAGCGCCCGAGACGAGAGAAAUUCGCCCUUGUGAUCAUCUUCAGCCUCGGUGCAUUCAGCUGCAUUGCAUCGAUCGUGCGCCUGUACUCAGUUGGCGUUUACACGGAAUCUGAGGAUCCUUUCUUCGACAGCGUUCCCAUCAACGUAUGGAGCAUGGUCGAAAUUAACGUGGGCAUCCUCUGUGCCUCUAUUCCCGCCACCAAAGCCCUCUUCAGCAAAGCGCAGAGACAUCGUACGCAUAAUGGCUCGUAUCAGUACCAUAGUCGUGAACGCAGCAUCAUGAAAAGCUAUGGCCAUGGUAGCGGGAAAAGCAAUAGCAACAACGGACAGGAGGGAACCGCUGGAGGCCCCACCGGGGCCGUUAUCCAGAAUGAGUCGUAUGAGCUGAAGGAUGUGGAAAGUGGGGAUCACCAACCGUUUGACGCGAGAAAGCAAAAUGGUGGCGGUGGGGCAUGGCGCGUUCCUGACUCGGAUGUGGACGAACAGCGUCUUGUAUGGCCAGAAAGCAGAGUUUAA